UCUAUAAAUAGCUGAAGUGACUUUUAAGACGCCAUUUUGACAACAAACUUCUCGUAAACAGAACACACGAAAAUGACGAUUUAUAAAGUUAACAACCAAGAGAAGAAUGAGAAGAAGGAUAUUUUGGAACAGAAGCUCCUUGCAGCUGUUGUGACUGAACCAGAAGUCCCUGCAGAAGUGGAUGUGGUCCCUCCACGUAGACGCCACUCCAAGGCCUGGCUCAACCUCUUUCUGAUUUUGGUGGCCAUUCUUGUCCUGGCAGCGGGAAUUACUGGUGGUGUUCUUCUCUACAGGAGACUCUCUCACAAGACUUAUAAAAAUGUCAAAGGGAUAACUCGAGGAAGGUGCGGAUUCAGAGCUGACCUACAGGUUGAUUACCAAGGCAUGCAAAACAAUGGCAUCAAGACUGAGGAACCAGUUGACGAACCCCAUUUCUCCCCCAACUUCCAGUCCAACCAGCAAUCGAAUGAAGGAAAGACAAUGAAGCCACACCGAAGGCCAAACAAACACCACAGACAUCACGAACACCACCACAUGGUGCCCUAUGACCUUUCUGAGGAUGUCCAGGUUAUUGAUGACCAGAUUGAGAGAAUCCACAUGCCAAGUUUCAGGGACUUCCGUGAUACUAUGAUUCUUCAUGAUUUCCAGAAGAAUUACACAGCCAUUGUUGACUAUGACAAGAGGUCUUGUUACAUAAUGAAACUGGACAGAAGUAAAGUGACUCCUCCAAAGGACUGGAUUGAUCUCAUUCAAAAAUUUGCAACUGGUUACUACAUGCCCAGAGCUGAGGUUCUAAGAAAACAGUACCGUGUGACCUUGCCAGCUCUUAAGGACAUUUCAUUCCUUGGACGUUACAUUGAGAAGGAGUGCUCCUACUUCCAGACCUACACCAUGGAGAGAAUGGUUGGAGAUCAUUUCAUUGCUAAGCGAGCUGCAGGGGAAAAGAAAGCAAUGUACAGCUAUUUUGAGCCCAAGAGCAACAACUUCAUCGAGAUGGAGCUGAUUUAAAGUAAUUUAAAAAAGCUGUGCUAAUGAGUGUAGGAACUAACUAGCAACUUCUGAUGUGAGAAAGAGAAGUUUUUGGAUCUCUUGAUAAACAAUGCACUUCAGGGGAUUCAGUCCCACCUAGUUUCUACAAAGAAACUUUAUUGUAUAUAUGGUACUUGUAUAUUAUUUGGAACUCAUACAUGCGUAUUUCAAAAAUGUUAAAACGUGUUUAAGAAGGCUCUGUAGUCAUUUCCAAGUAAGUUUUUAUCUUAAUCAGUUAUUUAUAAAGUUACCCUAGGCUAAAAAAAAAAGACAGAGCCUUCUUAAAGAUUUUUUUUUAUUUCUCGAGUUUUGUUAUUUUCACAAAUUGUUGAGCGUAUGAAAUAUGCUUUAUAAUAUUUAGUUUCCUGUAGUUUAUUAAUGCAUAUGUUGUAUAUUUUUAGUGUACCUGUCAUUUUUUCCAGCAUUAAAAUGCAUCUUGUUGGAACAUCAUACACUCAAAUGAAAAGGUUUAUUCAAUACAAAAAAAAGUAUUUCACAAAGAAAAAAAAUGUUAUACAGUGAAAAAAAAACAUAUUGUAUGGCUUGACGUUUGUUUGUUUAAGUCUUUUUAUAUAUAUGUAUAUAAUUUUGAAAAAAAAAGGAGAAAUGGCAAAAGACAAAGGUCAGUAGAAUUUUUUAAUACUGAACCUUUAUUUUCCUUGUAAACAGUUUCAGUAGAAUUUCCAAGGCAGACAAAAGUUGUUGAUGUUUUUGAUGAUUUGUUCAGCAGAUCUUAUAAUUUCUUCCAAUAUUCAUUCUGUUUGAAACAUCUGGAAAAAGAGAUGUUUGAAGAAUCCCACUUUCAUUUCAAAGUUAACAUUUUGUUUUUUGGUUUUUUUUUUUGUGUUAAAGUAUAAUUCUGAAAAACAAAAUUUCACUUAAUUAAAUAAUGGCCCACCUAAUAUGAUUCAGUUGGGGAAAAAAUGAUAGAGACCAAUAUUAGAGAGUUCAGAGGACCCGCUACUGGCCGCUAGAUUUGGGGAUUCUCGGAGAAGUAGGAUAUUAAUGAAGAUGAUUCAAAACUGGAAAUCUUGUGUCUCUCUUUUGAAUGUUUAUAAAUGAAGUGCCUUUAGGGCCUAUUUGUUCUUGUUUUGGUUAUAUUUAUUUGUUUUUUUAACUGGAAGAAGUACAAACACCAUAGAAAGAUUGUAAAAGUUUUCUAUUGGUGCAAAUUUGUUCUUUUAUGUUAAAGAUUAUUUGCAUAUAAAUUUUUUUACUUAACAAAUGUUAAGGUGGGUGAAAAGAACUCUGUUAUAUUUCUAUAUUUUAAAUGUUUAAUAUUUGUGUCAUCUAUUAAAGUAAAUUAUAAAAUUUA